UUUAGGGGGGAGAUAUUAUGAGGCUGGUGUCAUUAGGCGAUAGCCAUUGAAUCAUUCAAUCUUUUUUACUGACCGUAUUUUUUCGGUUUUUCCUUUUUCUCGAUAAUUUUCUUUCUCUCUCAGGUCAUUUCCAUGGUUUUCAGAUCCCCUUUAGAGCUUUAUCCCUCCCAUUUCUUCCUGCCAAACUUCGCUGAUCGCCCUGUGCUCCUGGCGAACAGCGCUCCCACCACCAGGUCUCCAGAAGACUUGUCCAUGUUUCAGCUACCGACCCUCAACUUCUCCCCGGAGCAGGUGGCGAGCGUCUGCGAGACGCUGGAGGAGACCGGGGACAUCGAACGGCUGGGCCGCUUCCUCUGGUCCCUGCCUGUGGCUCCGGGAGCGUGCGAGGCGAUCAACAAGCACGAAUCCAUCCUGCGCGCCCGGGCUGUGGUUGCUUUCCACACGGGGAAUUUCAGAGACCUUUACCACAUCCUGGAGAACCACAAGUUCACCAAGGACUCGCACGGCAAACUGCAAGCCAUGUGGCUGGAAGCGCACUACCAGGAGGCCGAGAAGCUCCGCGGUCGCCCCCUCGGACCGGUCGAUAAGUACCGGGUGCGGAAGAAGUUUCCGCUGCCUCGGACCAUCUGGGACGGCGAGCAGAAGACGCACUGUUUCAAAGAGCGGACACGGAGCCUGCUGAGGGAGUGGUACCUUCAGGACCCAUAUCCAAACCCCAGCAAGAAAAGGGAACUGGCUCAAGCCACUGGACUCACUCCUACACAGGUCGGAAACUGGUUUAAAAACCGGAGGCAACGAGACAGAGCCGCGGCAGCCAAAAACAGGCUCCAACACCAAGCAAUAGGACCGAGCGGUAUGAGGUCCCUGUCAGAGGCCGGCCUCACCCCUCACAGCUCGGCAGAGUCGCCUUCAACCGCGGCCAGUCCGACCACCAGCGUUUCCAGUAUGACAGAGAGAGUUGAUACUGGGACGUCCAUCCUGUCCGUCACAUCCAGCGACUCGGAGUGCGAUGUAUGAUACGGAGAAAAAAACACACAAAAACAAACAAAAAGAGAAAUAUUUACAGGGAAAAUGGACCUGAGAGGAAGAAAAAAAGACUUAUGAAAUAUCGCGGAUGAAAAAAGGACCGAUUCAUAUAAAUAUUAAAAU